AUGGCAACUUUAAAUGAAAAAAAGACCUGCAGUGAACGGAUGGAAAAUUUCCGUCGUUUUGUCUGGAAUCCCGAAACGAAGCUCUUUAUGGGAAGGACCUUAAUUAACUGGGUGUGGAUCAGCUUGUACUACCUGGCUUUCUACGUGGUGAUGUCAGGGCUGUUCGCUCUCUCCAUUUACUGUUUAAUGAGGACAAUUAAUCCAUAUGAGCCAGAUUACCAAGAUCAUCUGAAGUCCCCAGGUGUAACAUUACGACCCAACGUUUAUGGGGAUAAAGGACUACAGAUUUAUUACAACGUAUCCGACAACAAAACCUGGGAAGGUUUAGUGACAACUCUUCAGACAUUUCUGACAGCAUACACACCAGCUGCUCAGCAUCUAAAUGUCAACUGCACCAGCAACACAUACUUCAUUCAGGACACCUUUGAUGGCCCAAAUAAAACAAAACUAUCCUGCAAAUUUACCUCAGAUAUGCUUCAAAACUGCUCCGGCAUCACAGAUCCUACUUUUGGAUUCCCAGAAGGAAGACCCUGUUUUAUUAUAAAAAUGAACAGGAUUAUCAAGUUUCUCCCUGGCAAUGGCACUGCCCCAAGAGCAGACUGCACAUAUGGGGAUGAGUCUCGUCUGCUGGAGGUGGACUACUACCCCGUGAAUGGUACCUUCAACCUGCACUACUUCCCUUACUAUGGAAAAAAGGCACAGCCCAGCUACAGCAACCCUUUGGUAGCUGUGAAAUUUCUCAACAUUACAAGGAAUGUAGAAGUUAAAAUAGUGUGCAAAAUCAUCGGAGCUGGAAUUAUCUCUGAUAAUGUUUAUGACCCAUAUGAAGGAAGAGUGGAAUUUAAAUUGAAAAUAGAAGACUGA